AUGCAUCAGCCUUUUGUAAAAGAAGCAGAAGGAAACGAACCAUCAACCCUACGUUACUAUUUCAAUCAAAGCAAUGGGAUGUGCGAGAAAUUCUACUUCUCUGGAAAGAUUCCACAAGGCAAUAAUUUCCCAAAUGAGGACACUUGUCGUAGUGUGUGCACCUCUUCACCAAAUCUCCUUCCAAUUUCUGUUAAAAUAAACCGAAUGGCUGCAUCUAUGGACCGACUUGCCACAAAAUUUGGCCAUGUAGCGAGGCACCCUGUCCUCGUCAGAGGGCACAAACCGGCUUGCAUAUCAUCGUCUCAACUGCUUGGCAUCUUGAAGAAUGAGACGAUUAAAAACUGUCAUCCUGGUGGCACCGUGACUGAACUUGCAUUCGCGUAUGACGGCUCAACAAAUUCGUGCUUCGCGACAAUGAUCUACGUUUGUCUCGACUAUCCUAAUGAACCAUACCGAAUCAGAAUUCUCGGUCGACCGUUAAUCUUCGAAAGUGAGACUCAUUGCGAAAGUGAAUGUCUUCUUAGCGAAAGUUGA